AACAAGGGGCUAUGCCCUGGGAUCUUGCACGCAUGCGUGGAGCUGGACGGUCAGCGUGCGUGUGACGUCACGUGCGCGCCCGCCUAAACUCUUCCUAGGGUUCUUUCUAGAGUACCGCAGCAAGUUGUCAAAUUCCCUAGUUGAAUUUGCUUUGGACAUCAGUGUGAAGCAGAACUGAUAUGCCACUUGAAUUAAUAAAGGAAGUCAAUGGGGUGCCUGAAGUUCAGCCGCUGAGUGAAUUACAUAAAGUAGAUUUCGGAUCCCUACAGCCAGGUUACAAUUAUAGCAAGAAAUAUAUUCAGGACACCAUUGCAGUGGCUAGAUUUAUUGUUUUUUUAGCUUCUUCGUCUACAAGCAGAGAUGGUAAACCUUGCAUAUUUUUGAAAGCAUUUGAAGACCUCAAAGCAACUGUUUAUGUUUAUGUCAAAUCUGUAAGAGAUUUUUCUACAGAAUCAAUGUCUUUGGUUCCAGCAACAAAUUAUAUAUAUACACCCCUGAAUCAACUUAAGGGUGGUACAAUUGUCAAUGUCUAUGGUGUUGUGAAGUUCUUUAAGCCCCCAUAUCUAAGCAAAGGAACUGAUUAUUGCUCAGUUGUAACAAUUGUGGACCAGACAAAUGUAAAAUUAACUUGCCUGCUCUUUAGUGGAAACUAUGAAGCCCUUCCAAUAAUUUAUAAAAAUGGAGAUAUUGUUCGCUUUCACAGGCUGAAGAUUCAAGUGUAUAAAAAGGAGACUCAGGGUAUCACCAGCUCUGGCUUUGCAUCUUUGACGUUUGAGGGAACUUUGGGAGCCCCUAUCAUACCUCGCACUUCAAGCAAGUAUUUUAACUUCACUACUGAGGACCACAAAAUGGUAGAAGCCUUACGUGUUUGGGCAUCUACUCAUAUGUCACCGUCUUGGACAUUACUAAAAUUGUGUGAUGUUCAGCCAAUGCAGUAUUUUGACCUGACUUGUCAGCUCUUGGGCAAAGCAGAAGUGGACGGAGCAUCAUUUCUUCUAAAGGUAUGGGAUGGCACCAGGACGCCAUUUCCAUCUUGGAGAGUCUUAAUACAAGACCUUGUUCUUGAAGGUGAUUUAAGUCACAUCCAUCGGCUACAAAAUCUGACAAUAGACAUUUUAGUCUACGAUAACCAUGUUCAUGUGGCAAGAUCUCUGAAGGUUGGAAGCUUUCUUAGAAUCUAUAGCCUUCAUACCAAACUUCAAUCAAUGAAUUCAGAGAAUCAGACAAUGUUAAGUUUAGAGUUUCAUCUUCAUGGAGGUACCAGUUAUGGUCGGGGAAUCAGGGUCUUGCCAGAAAGUAACUCUGAUGUGGAUCAACUGAAAAAGGAUUUAGAAUCUGCAAAUUUGACAGCCAAUCAGCAUUCAGAUGUUAUCUGUCAAUCAGAACCCGACGACAGCUUUCCAAGCUCUGGAUCAGUAUCAUUAUACGAGGUAGAAAGAUGUCAACAGCUAUCUGCUACAAUACUUACAGAUCAUCAAUAUUUGGAGAGGACACCACUAUGUGCCAUUUUGAAACAAAAAGCUCCUCAACAAUAUCGCAUCCGAGCAAAAUUGAGGUCAUAUAAGCCCAGAAGACUAUUUCAGUCUGUUAAACUUCAUUGCCCUAAAUGUCAUUUACUGCAAGAAGUUCCACAUGAGGGCGAUUUGGAUAUAAUUUUUCAGGAUGGUGCAACUAAAACCCCAGAUGUCAAGCUACAAAACACAUCAUUAUAUGAUUCAAAAAUCUGGACCACUAAAAAUCAAAAAGGACGAAAAGUAGCAGUUCAUUUUGUGAAAAAUAAUGGUAUUCUCCCACUUUCAAAUGAAUGUCUACUUUUGAUAGAAGGAGGUACACUCAGUGAAAUUUGCAAACUCUCGAACAAGUUUAAUAGUGUAAUUCCUGUGAGAUCUGGCCACGAAGACCUGGAACUUUUGGACCUUUCAGCACCGUUUCUUAUACAAGGAACAAUACAUCACUAUGGAUGUAAACAGUGUUCUAGUUUGAGAUCCAUACAAAAUCUAAAUUCCUUGGUUGAUAAAACAUCGUGGAUUCCUUCUUCUGUGGCAGAAGUAUUGGGUAUUGUACCCCUCCAAUAUGUGUUUGUUAUGACCUUUACACUUGAUGAUGGAACAGGAGUACUAGAAGCCUAUCUCAUGGAUUCUGACAAAUUCUUCCAGAUUCCAGCAUCAGAAGUUCUAAUGGAUGAUGACCUUCAGAAAAGUAUGGAUAUGAUCAUGGAUAUGUUUUGUCCUCCAGGAAUAAAAGUUGAUGCAUAUCCGUGGUUGGAAUGCUUCAUCAAGUCAUACAAUGUCACAAAUGGAACGGAUAAUCAAAUUUGCUAUCAGAUUUUUGACACCACAGUUGCAGAAGAUGUAAUCUGAUAUUGCCAUCCAAUUUAGCAUACAUAAAAUGUUGCCAUUCACCUUCACUGUUUGAGCUUCUUUUCCUGCCCUGAGUUUUGUAUCAGCAAUGUUGAUGAUGUUAGCAUGGGUAUGGGAUUAGAAAAUGUCCUUACCUUAAAUCUCUUGGCUUUUACUGGGUGCAAGGUAAAUAAUGGCUAUGAAUUUUGUUUUGCUUUUGUACAAAGAGACCUGCUUAAACAAGUAGUGCUGAGAUAAGUGUUUGUCUGAUCAAGCUACAGUGUACUUUAAGUAGAAAUGGCAAAGUUGCUUUGUUGGGGUGCUGAUACUGAUGAUUUUAGGAUAAAUUCAUUUCUUUAAACUUGUAAUACAUGGUUUUAUUGCUUGUUUCUCUCCAGGAUAGUAGAGAUAUCUCUAUUUCACCUCAACCUAAUAAAAGUGGUCAGAUUUAUAAUGUUAAUGACUUAAUAUUAUCCUUUUCUAAUAGUCUCAUGUAAAAUAUGCCGCUAUUACAACUUACAACUAAUUGAAUGAGAUGUUAACUUAGUGAAAUAGUUUGAUUUUUACCUGACAGUGUUUGUCAAAUUUAAAAUCAUGAAUAUUCAAUUUUAUACAUUUAUAUAUAUGUAUAGAUUUGUGUAUGUUAUUUGCCAAAGACAGAUAUAAAUUACCUGUUUUAAUAUUAGUGAAGAAUAAAUAAGUGCACACAUUUCAA